AUGGCACACCCAUUACAAUUAGGAUUCCAAGAUGCAAUAUCACCUGCGAUAGAAGAACUACUUCAUUUUCAUGAUCAUACACUAAUAAUUGUAUUUUUAAUCAGCACCCUCGUACUUUACAUCAUCACCCUAAUAAUAACAACUAAACUAACAUAUAUUAGUACCAUAAACGCUCAAGAAGUAGAAAUAGUUUGAACCGUACUGCCAGCCAUUGUCCUAAUCACUAUUGCACUACCCUCCCUACGGGUUCUCUACCUUAUAGACGAAAUCAACGACCCACAUCUAACCAUCAAAGCCAUAGGACAUCAAUGAUACUGAACAUACGAAUACACUGACUAUGAAAACCUUGAAUUUGACUCUUACAUAAUCCCAACUCAAAACCUUCCAUACGGAUACUUCCGGCUGUUAGAAGUAGACCACCGCAUAGUAAUACCCAUAGAAUCCCCAAUUCGAAUACUAAUCUCAGCCGAAGACGUCCUACACUCAUGAGCAGUUCCAUCACUAGGUGUAAAAUCAGAUGCAGUCCCAGGACGAUUAAACCAAUCAACCUUCAUCAUUAUACGCCCAGGGGUAUUCUAUGGACAAUGUUCAGAAAUCUGCGGAGCCAACCAUAGCUUUAUGCCAAUCGUAGUGGAAUCCGUACCCUUAGAGCACUUCGAAAACUGAUCUUCACUAAUAUUAUCAUAG